AUGGCUGCUACUUCUGCCAAUGAAGACAACAUAUCGCUAAGAGUAAUGGUGCACAAACAGGAAAACAAAGUGAUAUUUGCAGAAGCUGACAGCAAUUUUGUCGACACUCUUUUCAGCCUCAUGACAUUGCCCAUGGCUACAAUCGUUAGACUCAUGAAGAAAUGCCAUGAUCAAAAUCUUAAGGCGCUUGGAAGCUUCACAAACUUGUACCAGAGUCGAAUGGAUCUUUCUUUGAGUCACUUCUCCAAAGAAGAAAGUAAAUUCAUGAUGCUUAACCCCAGAACUUCGUCAUUCGAUCACUGCAGAAAGCUACAGCUCAAAAUAGACGACACUGAGCCAAUUGCGAACUACUUCAUAUGUCGAAACGUGUCUUGCAGCCAACGUGUUGGUCCAUUUUUUAGCACUUGUAACUUCGAUAGAUGCAGUUAUUGUGGGGCGUUGAUGGAUCGGGAAAGUAAAUACGAGGCUUCGACUGUUCAUAAUACCGGCCAAGUUGCUUGCUUUGAUGGCAGCGUGUUUGUUUGUGAUGGGUUAACUUUCAUAAUCACAGAUGAUCUUCGUGUGAUGCCAAAGACUUCAGAUUCUAACAUUCUAUUGCUUGGUGGUCUUGGAAUCACUGAUGCCAGCCAAUUGGAGGAGAGGACCUUAGAUAAUAGCCUUCAACAGAUUCUUACCCUUUUAAAAUCGGCACUACUAUUCAAGAACCCGUUGACGGAGUUGGUAUUUCCUGGCACGCAUCAUUCUCGAUAUUUAGUUGAUCAGAGUCAAGGAUCAUCGGUUCAGAAUUUAGUCAGCAAUGAAACUGGAACGAAUGCAAAAAAGAUGAAGCUAAAAGUUGCGUUGCAAAAAUCAACUUCCAAGUUUUUGUUUGCAGAAGCAGAUGAAGAUUUUGUUGAACUUGUUUUUGGGUUUCUUGAAAUCCCAUUAGGAACUGUAAUUCGCAAGUUAAAGAUGAACGGUUCGACUUCCAUCGACGGUUUCGGCAACUUGUUUACGAGCAUUUCCAACAUGAAAGUAGGGAAUCACAUCAAGUCACAUGAUCUCAAAGACAUGCUUCUUAAUCCUCAGUUGGAGCAAAAAAGUAUUUCACAACACCAGAUUUUCCCUCUAAAUGUUGCAAACAGUUCUCAAGAUCAUCAGGGUCGUUGUGCACAUAGGCCUUGUUCUAAAAAAACUUGGCGGCGCAAUUCAACGAAACGUCAUCUAAUCAAAUUAAGUUACUCUUCUCAAUCGAUUCCACAGACGAUCAUCUCCGACACUACAGAAUCAAAAGAUUCAAGGGUCCAAGAAAGUUUCUUGAAGGCAUCUGUCAAGUUUAUGGUGACAGAUGAUCUUGUUAUAACCCCUUUAUCAUUUGUUUCUGCAAUUGCUGUAUUGAAUAAGUUGAAUGUUCUUGUAGAUGAUGUUGAAGAACAUGAACUAAGCAUUGGCGGUGAAGAGGGUGUGAAAAUUUUGGAAGCUGGUCUGAGAUCUUCUUCGACUUUGUCAGAUGCCCUACUCAAUGGCAAAAAGUUCAAGCUAUAA